AUGGGGCCUGGAGGACCUGGACCGGGACCAGGAUUUGGACCUGGACCGGGACUCGGACCUGGUGGACCAGGAUUUGGACCGGGAGGGCCAGGGUUCUUUCCACCCAUGGGUGGUUUCUUUGAUGGAUUUUUAGACAUGAUAUGUUCCUGUCUAUCUUGUCUCUGCUGCUGCUGGCUGCUACGAGAUUGCUUUGGCGGGCCACAUCCACAAUCAGCUCCGCUUCUUCCUCCCUAUUACUGA